AUGUCGCCAGGGAGGAGACGGACCGCCAAAAUGCAUGGCUUAGUUGGAAAACCGUUGUUGUAUUUUACCAGCGUUUUCGUCUCAUUAGGCGUCUUUCUUUUCGGUUAUGAUCAAGGGGUCAUGUCAGGAAUCAUUACAGGCUGGUAUUUUAAGGACUAUUUCAAUCAACCAUCGCGCGCUGAAAUCGGCACAGCGGUUGCGAUCCUCGAAGUCGGUGCGCUCGUUUCGUCGCUGCUCGUCGGACGGAUUGGUGAUUUAAUAGGUCGACGUAAGACCAUUUUCUACGGCUCGAUAGUAUUUUUCAUAGGCGGUGGAUUUCAAACAUUCGCGACAGGGCUACCUAUGAUGAUGGUUGGGCGUGUCAUUGCAGGUUUAGGAGUUGGGGCGCUGUCGACAAUUGUGCCUGUGUAUCAAUCCGAAAUCUCGCCCCCGCAUAAUAGAGGGAAGUUGGCCUGUAUUGAGUUCACCGGAAACAUCUCGGGAUACGCAGCCAGCGUAUGGGUCGACUAUUUUUGCAGCUUCAUUGAUAGUAACUACUCGUGGCGCUUGCCAUUGCUAUGCCAAUGCAUUAUGGGGGCGCUCCUUGGACUUGGUAGUCUUGUGAUCUGUGAGUCACCCAGGUGGCUUUUGGAUAACGACCAUGAUGAAGAAGGCAUGGUAGUCAUUGCAAAUCUUUACGGGAAAGGUGAUAUACAUAACGAUAAAGCGAGACAGGAGUACAGAGAAAUAAAGAUGAACGUCCUCCUUCAACGACAAGAAGGCGAGAGAUCCUACGCUGAUAUGUUCAGGCGGUACCGUAAACGCGUCCUGAUAGCAAUGUCGGCACAGGCAUUGGCGCAGCUUAACGGGAUCAAUGUAAUCUCAUAUUACGCGCCUCUUGUCUUCGAAUCGGCAGGAUGGGCAGGCCGCGCUGCCCUCCUCAUGACAGGUAUCAACGGGCUCUCCUAUCUCGCGUCCACUAUUCCGCCAUGGUAUCUUGUGGAUCGUUGGGGAAGGCGGCCAAUCUUGCUUUCUGGCGCAAUUGCUAUGAUAAUAUCUCUUUCUCUGAUAUCAUACUUUAUUUACAUUGACAUCGCAGCAACUCCGGCAUUAACAGUCAUCCUCGUCAUGAUAUAUAAUGCCGCAUUUGGUGCAUCAUGGGGUCCCAUACCCUGGCUUUAUCCACCCGAGAUCCUUCCGUUGAGUAUUCGUGCAAAGGGCGCCAGUCUCAGCACAGCAUCAAAUUGGGCAUUCAAUUGGCUUGUUGGUGAGGUUACUCCUGUCCUUCAGGCUGUCAUAAAAUGGCGGCUUUAUCUUGUGCAUGCCUUUUUCUGUGCGUGUAGCUUUGUGCUAGUUUAUUUCCUCUAUCCGGAGACUAGCGGUGUUCGCCUGGAAGACAUGAAUGCUCUAUUUGGAGAUGCGACUACUACCAUGCCAACACCAGCCACCCAAGGGGAACAAGGCUCAUUAAUGGGAGCUGGGUCUCCUGUCUCGUCGCUCGAUAUCCGGCGCCAGCACGGGCAAUUUGGACCUGAAAGUGCCAUUCCCGGUUUAGAUAUCAAUCCUCCAAGCCUACCUCAUGCUGACAGCGGCAAGCCUAGCCAUUCUGCCUCUCAGGAAGACAGCGGCAGAAGAACAGAAGGUAUUGGUGGCUGGAUAUCUAACAUGAUCAAUCACCACAAAGGGUCGGGGUCGAAGGUACAUGGUAGUCAGUACAGACGUCUUGAGCAAGAAGAACAAGAUGAGUAG